AGACGUACGGCGGCGAUCACAGGCCGCCGAGCAUGGGCGCUGAAAUGCACUACGAGCUCGCUGCGAUGGAGGGCCCGUACGCUGACCCGAACGCCUUCUCGUGCGACCCGGACUCGCUGUCCACGCAACAGCUCGACGCGCGUUUGCUACUGUGGUACCGGCAGUGCCUCCCCAAGCCGCCGCAAUGGCGCGCCGACCCAAAGCUCAAGCAGCAGCCCUGGCGCGGCGCAGAUGGGCAGGAGCUGCUGCUGCCGCAGUGCUGGCCGUCGCAUUGGCUGACGCGCGCGCGGCUGCUCGGCGCGCGGCGCGGCGUCGCGCUGACGCUGCGCGAGGCGGACGCAGAGGCGCACGGCGAGGCGCCGCACGCGCCGCAGCUCGUCGCGGACGCAAAGUUCGCGUUCGAGGUGGCGCUGCGCGAGCAGCAGCCCGCAGGCGCUCUCUAUGAGAGCUACCGCCGCCUAGCGGCGGCUCUCGCGCACUCGCGGCGCACUCGCGCGGGGCUCGCGCUCCGCCACCUGGCCCUUUGCCCGGCGUGCAGCGACGCCCUCUGCUUCCCGGCCGUGACGCGCUACACGCUGCCGCCCGUGGUGCAGCGCGCCGGCUGCAGCGAUUGCGACUACUUGGCGAUGCGGCGCAUGCUCGCCGCCCGCACGUCGUCGUACAACGAGUGCACCGCGAAGGACGCGGCGGAGUGGCUGCGCGGGCUCGAGCAGGCUGACGCCGUCAAGCACGCGUGGGGCGUCGUCGUCGUCGACGCCAUCAACCGCCCGCCCCACGCGGCGACGCGGCUCGCCAUCAUGGAGGGCACGUUCGACCACGACUCCUUUGCCGCGUUCCUGCGGGCGACGCCCGGCGUGGCCGUGCCCUACUGUGGGGCGCAUGGGCCGCCGCGGUCCGCGGCGGACGAUGCGCCGAUGCCGGGCGCGCCACCGGGCGCGCUGAUGCCGGGCGCGCCGAUGACGGACGCGCCAAUCCCGGGCGAGCCGCCGGCCCCGGCGGCGGCGGAGGAUGCGCCGAUGCCGGGCGGCGGGCAGGACGCGCACCGUAACGGCUGCGCGUGCCCCGGGGGCUGCCUGGGCGGCCCCUCGUUCCUCCCGUUGGAUCCGUGCUGCGAGUGCGAGGAGUGAGUCUCGUCGUCGCUUCCCACACUGCGCGGCGUGUGGGUGGGGGUCUCUGUUGAUCACUGUACUGUACUCUCGCUCUCUCUCUCGCUCGCUCGCUCUCUCGCUCGCUCGCUCGCUCUCUCUCUCUCUCUCUCUCUCUGUGUGUGUGUGUGUGUGUGUGUGUGUGUGUGUGUGUGUGUCUCUCUGAGCUAAUUCCUCUCCCGCCCGAUCCUUGCUGCUUGCUGCGAGUGUCGGGGAGCGUGUGCGACCAGGGGAGUGAGUCUCGUCGUCGUGUCGGGGCGUAGCUGCUUUUUGGAAACAUGUUUCUACUCGUU